AUGGUUCAACAAACCAAGGUUGACACUGAAGAGAAUGAAAAGUUAAAGACACAAAUUGACGCAUCCAUCAGUACUGCAAGAUCUCUUGUUCAAUCUUGGCUUCCUCCACCAAAGCCAGGAGAAAAAUUACAAGACGAUGACGAUGACUUUACACUGACAAAAUAUUCAACCGGUAGACCGGACAGGCUUGGCCUUGGUGCAAAAUACUUGUCACAUAAGGAAGCAAUGAGACAUAACGAAAGUCAUAGACCUGCAACUAAACAAGAGAUUCAGCUAAAAAAUAAGAUAUUGAAUCAGAAUAGACGAGUGAAUACAUCAAAAGAGACAAACAAUAAAAAGAGAAAAGCAGACUCUGAUGAUGACGAUGAUGAAGAAGACUCAAAGACAAACAAUACCAAGAAAAAGGCAAACAGACAAGGAGACUUUUUAUCAAUGUAUCUAACAGAACAAGCAGCCAAAAAGAAAAAGAAAAAGAAAUAG